AUGUCCAAACACACCGAAGAACAAAUACAGGAGCCCAUUAAUGAACGGGUUCAAGAUGUGCUUGAUAAAAUUACAGAAACAAAUAAUAAAUCCGAUGAGAUUGAAGACGACGAGUUAUUUGAACAAUUAGAGAGUGAUGAUUUUGCAUUGGCGAGUUUUCGUGAACAAAGAAUGGAACAAUUAAAGCAAGAAAUGACAAAGUUACAAGAAAUGCGUCAAAAUGAUCAUGGAUCAUACGUAGAAAUUGCGACCGAAAAGGAAGUACUUAACAUAUCAACAAAUACUAAAUUGUGUGUAGUACAUUUUUUUCAUAAGGAAUUUCGAAGAUGUCAAAUAGUGGAUAAACAUAUUUCGGCAAUCGCGCAUCGACAUUUCAAAACAAAAUUUGUAAAAAUUAAUGUAGAAAAUUGCCCUUUCUUGGUGGAAAAACUUAAUAUUCAAAUAUUGCCUUGCAUUAUCGUGUUCGUAGAUGGAAUUUCUGUUGAUCGGAUUGUUGGGUUUGAUGAACUUGGUAACACUGAUAAUUUUACCACUGCAAUUCUGGAAUUUCGCUUAUCUCAAAGUGGGGUGAUUACGAAACUGGAACCUCCAAAGAAAGAAGAGCGUAAGUCUAUAUUCGGAUUUGGGGAA